AUGUUCCGCAACAGAAAAAAUUCUCAAAAGCCAGACGACGAGCUCAUCCAGAGAUUCCAAAAAACCUUCUCAGACGUUGUUCCCCCAGUCACUCACCGCAAUGCCACGCGCUUCGGUCAGAUGCCCAUUGGACCUAUCACUCCAGCUAGAUUGAGUAUGAACAACGAUAUGAAGCUCAAUGAUCCUACACCCCGCGCCACGGAAGAUAUGCGUUUUGCAGCGCCUUUUGUCGAUCCGAAUGCUGUCUCUUAUGUAAACCCACUACAGCCACAUGGCUACUAUACUCCCAACUCAGGUGGUCUGGGUGCAGUAUACCACAGCCAAGCAGGAGAUUUGCAUACCCCUGGCAUGGGUUUGAGCAUGAUUACUCCGCUCUCUCUUCCGCAGCAGAUCUCCGCGGCGACCAUCAACCCCGGUACUGCAGCUUUGGGCCUCGAUCACUUUGACCAGCAGUACAUCCCGCCACACUUCCACAACCCCCAACCGUUUGCUCAGCAGCCAGCAUUUGCGCCCGGUGCUUUCGUUCAGAGUGAUGCAGGUUACGAUGCCAUGGACGAAUCUGUCGAAGAACUGUCUCUAAAUGAUGUGGAUAUGCAGGGUAAUGCGUCUUCUCACUACGUUACGUCAACAAUUCAGGACGAUCAAGCGAGUAUGCACAACCCAGGUGAAACGUUUCGCUAUCAUGUCACUUUGCGCGCUCCCACAGCCAUGAUCAACCAUCAAGCCGAGAUCCCAGUCACAUAUCUCAAUAAAGGCCAGGCAUACUCAGUUUCCGUGAUUGAUUCUACUCCGCCGCCCAUGACCACGCAACCGAUCAAAUACCGUACCUUCGUCCGUGUGUCUUUUCAAGAAGAUGAGCAGAGGGCAAAGCCGGCUGCUUGUUGGCAGUUAUGGAAGGAAGGUCGGGGUUCCAAUGAAGCGCAUCAACGAGGCGGAAAGCUCCAAGCAGUGGAAUAUGUCGAUCCCAUACAAGGCGGCAUUGAAGACACGAAGAACCGGCAAAUCCAGCUCGAGAGCUCAUCAUUCGAUGGUUUCUGCGUCACCUGGACACUCAACCCGUCAACUGGAGUUUCGGAGUGCUCAAUUCCGGUUCGAUUCAACUUUUUGUCGACGGACUUUAGCCAUUCCAAGGGUGUGAAGGGUAUUCCGGUCAGAUUGUGCGCAAAGACAGAGAUGGUCUCUCCUGACGAUUCGAGCUCAACUUCGGGCAAAGAAUCGGAGGUGUGCUACUGCAAGGUCAAGCUUUUCCGCGACCAUGGUGCUGAGCGGAAGCUGUCCAACGACGUCGCUCAUGUCAAGAAGACCAUCGAGAAACUUCGACAACAGAUUGCUCAAGCCGAGAUGGGCGCCGGUAACUACGGGAAGCGCAAGCGUAGCAAUGGCUCCAUUGCACUUAAGGGUGCCGAUCCGCGCCCGGCCAAGAUUACCAAGCACAAACGGACAUGGUCUAUGGGCUCGCAGGACGGCCCUGGCAAGAUGUCUUUGGAGGACGAUCUCCAUGCAAAGCUCGCGUUGAUGCAAGACAUGUUCACGUCAACGCGACCGGUAAGCAUUCUGGGAUUGCGGGGCGAGGAGCAAGACGACCCGGACUUGUUCCCUGUCAUGCUCCCCGAGUCGCGGGAAUUCCUCAAACGGGAGAACAGCCGUGGAUCCCGCUUCAGUAUUGAUGGCGCAUCCCUGCAUGCCGUUUCGCCCACCAGCAGUAGCAUCUCAAUAAACUCGCCAUGCCACCCGACCAACCUCCAGCCGAACAUGUUCUAUGACUCGGCGUACCAUGGAUCCCUGAGCACAUCUCGAGAGAACUCGCGCCCGUGCUCUGAAGUCCUGGGCGACAAGGCCACACUAAAGCAUCCCGUCAAGGUACCGAAAGUGGCUUCGACUGACGGUAGCGCGCCCAUGGGAUUCAUAGAGGCGGUAGACAUUGACCCAACUUACCGACCCCCCGCGGAGCGUCCAGUAAAGCCAAUCGCGUGCUUCUACGUACGAUUCCCACGCAACGAUCAGCGUUCGGAUGACUAUUACCGGGCCGUCUAUUUGACUGAACGGACGGUUCGCGAUCUAAUGGAGAAGAUCUCCAUGAAGCAGCGCAUCGACCCUCAGCGCAUUGUACGAGUUCUCCACGUCAAGCAAAACGGCCUAAAAAUAAUGGUAGAUGAUGAUGUCGUUCGCGAGCUCCCAGACGGCCAAGACAUGGUUGUCGAGAUUUCCGAGGCGUCAUCAUUCGAGACCGCAGCAGCUACGGGAUCGGGAAACAUAAGUCCAGCCGUUGAGGUCAAAUUGAGCUACUAA